AUGCAUGCUAAAGGCCAGCCAAAAUUGCUCUAUUUUGGCAACGAACUUCCAAAUGAUGAUUUAAAUGAUCUGUUCCGCCGCCUACUGCAGCAUAGCAAAGAUCGGCGGUUUCGACUCCUGAAUGCGGCACCAUACUUUGACAACAUUCUCACCUUGUCCGAGCAAGGGUAUCUAAGGGAGCUGGGCCUUGGGGCAGCCAUGGAAAGCGCUUUUCUUCUCAUCUUGCAGCUAGGCUUGUUCAUCGGACACCACGAAGCUUCUGACAGCGAGUUGAAUAUCCUGAAGCAUCAGAGUGUAGCUUCUGGCUUGAGCGUUGGUCUAUUUUCUGGAGCCGCCAUAGCAUUAUCUACCACUCUCGCAGAAGUGGUGAAAAACGGAGCCGAAUGCUUAAGAGUAUCCUUCCGGCUCGGUGUGUACGUGAACCAGUUCUCUAGUAAGCUCGAGGCGCCUCAGACCGAUGGCAUGCUUCAGAGCUGGGCACAUGUUGUGACGGGUCUGACGGAAGAUGCCGCAGAUAAAUCUUCUGUGAGCUUUAGUGGGCCGCCAUCGCGCAUCAAGUCAGCCUUCCUACAGUCGAGCGAGUUGCGAUACUCUAAGUCUCUGACCUUACCUGUUUACGACGGUCUCUAUCAUACGACACAUGCUUAUAGCCAGGAUGACGUUCGUGCUGUCUUAGACAUCUCGAGCUCCAUGAUUCCCGCAUCACGCCCGGUGCACAUAUCGAUAAUUUCAUCGCGAGCGGGGACGCCCUUCACCGCCACCACUGCUGGAGAACUAUUAUCCGAAAUCGUCACAGAGCUGAUUUCGGAUACCAUCUAUCUAGAUCAAGUGUUGGCGGGCAUUUUACGGCACAUUGGAGCUGUCCCGGGAAUGCAGAUAUGUCGGAUCGAUUCCUUCCGCACCUCAGUUAUCUUUAAGGGUAUUCUUGAAGCGAUUGCCGCAGAAUUCCCUGAGCCAUCGUUGGUAUGGCAUGUCGCAUGCCGUGUCUAUCUCCGAAAUAUCGACCCAAUAAUCAAGAUUUUGCAUCGACCCAGCCUGAGCAAGUGGAUGAUAGAUAAUGGCCCUUAUCUUACAGGAUUGUCCGAAGGGAAUAUUCCCGUCAGAGCGUUGGAGUUUGCGGUUUGUUACGUGACCACCAACAGCAUGACUGAAAAACAGUGCCAAGCUGAGUUCCGGAAGAACAAGUCUAGCAUAGUGGCAGUGUAUCGGAAGAUGUGCGAAGACACAAUCGAGAUGACAGGGCUGUUGACAACGCGCCAUAUGGUAGUACUGCAGGCAUUUACUCUGUACUUAGUCGGUAGAAGAUCCGAAGAAAAAGGCACGGCCGUUUGGAUGCUCGUUACCCUAGCGAGUAGACUCGCCAGUGCUAUGGGCCUGAACCAAGAGCCAGGAACUAUACUCCGAGUGGGAGAGUCCUUCUUCCAACAGCAGAUGCGUAUGAGACUAUGGCUUACCAUCUGCCUCAUGGACCUCCAGUCAUCUUUUGCACAAAACUCUGAGCCACUUAUCAGUUACCGAGAUGCCGCUUCGGCGAUUGGUUACGUUGCGCAAAUCAACGACUCCGAAUUCGACAUGGACACCACACAGGCAGUCUCAUCACAUGAGGAUCUCACUGAUAUAACCUUUGCUCUGAUCACAUAUCAUGUUCAAGUUGCCGGUCGACUAUUAAAUUUUGACUCAACAGAAUCCAGCGCUUCAGGUGCCACUAGCACUACCAGCAACGACUACUUAUCCUCAGCUUCUGUUCUUUCCCUCGCCUUUACCUUGUUGCAUUACUGCGACCCUGAGUCCUCCCCGUAUGCUUGGUUCACAUGGCACAGCACACCUUUGAUUGUGUCCGAACUUCGAGUCUCCGAGCUGCUUCCAUUUAGAUGCGGCUUCAUAGGUAGUCAGAUUAUACUACUACGAACAAAGGACGAUAAAAUUCUGCUGCAACGAGCACUAAAGAACCUUGAAAAGUCGCAACUAAUACUUUCCGACUCACGAAGUGACGGCUUCCGUUGGUAUAUAACUGUACCAUGGCUUGCACUCACGACUGCCAUUGUGGAGUGCAACAACUGCACCGAUGUGGGGCUUCUCCUUCGGGCAUGGCCGGUGAUCGAAGCUUCGUACCAGCAUUACAAGCCUGGGAUAUUACAAAAUAGCCAAAUUUCUCAAACGCCCUUAGAGCAACUAAUGACUGAGAUCCGUGAUAAGCUUGCUCCAAUAAUUCAAGGUGCCACCUUGUUCGAGAGCAGUCAGGGUUUUAAUAGGGUUGGUGAUUCAGUUAGACUCCUACAAACAGCUAUAAAAUCUCGCGUUCAAAAUACUGGCAUCUCUAUUGAUCCAUCACUGGAUAGUGGUUCGCUGUCUGAAGUGCCGCUUGGCGGACUGGGGCAGCCGUUCGUACAGCAGAGUUGGGAUUCUCCAGAGUCAUCGAAUAGUCGGUGA